ACGUCCUGCUUCUGCUCUGUGCAGGCUCGCUGUGCCGCGCGAGUGAUGUUACUAGGCUUUAGUUUAACCCUCAUCACACGCGGCAACAUUCUUCCACACUGUGAGAUUUAACGUUACCGGCGGUCCGUCCCGCGCCUGACACGCAGCGCUUCUUUAAGCCAACACCAGACAAGCACUCAGCGGGGCAUCACAGGCACCGAGUCCGCCGACGGGCACCCAAGGGGAGUCGAAAGACGCGCACAGCACCUACAGUACGACACAUACCGAACGAGGACCAUGGAGACCGCAGGCAACGGCUCGGACGUGAAUUACCGGAGCCAGCUCUACAACAACAGCAGCUUCUGUGGAAACUUCACCGACGUCAACACCACGAGCUUCGCGGAGGCGCGAUGCCGCGUGGAUCGGGGACUGAUCAACAGCCUGGAAGACGACACCAACCCGGUUAUCAUAGCGAUUGUUAUCACCGCUCUCUACUCCAUAGUGUGCGUGGUGGGGCUAGUUGGAAACGUGCUGGUCAUGUAUAUCAUCGUCAGAUACACUAAAAUGAAGACCGCCACCAACAUCUACAUCUUCAACCUCGCUAUGGCCGACGCCUUGGUCACCAGCACGCUACCAUUCCAGAGCGUCAACUACCUGAUGGGGACCUGGCCGUUUGGAGACAUACUGUGCAAGAUGGUGAUGUCCAUUGACUACUACAACAUGUUCACCUCUAUCUUUACGCUCACCACCAUGAGCAUCGAUCGCUACGUCGCUGUGUGCCACCCAGUCAAAGCGCUGGACUUCAGGACACCGCGUAACGCCAAGAUUGUCAACGUCUGCAACUGGAUUCUCUCCUCGGCCAUCGGGCUGCCUGUAAUGUUCAUGGCCUCCACCGUCCUCUCUCCCUCCAGUAUUGUUGACUGCAAGCUGAUAUUCCCCAUCCCCUCCUGGUACUGGGAAACCCUGCUGAAGAUCUGCGUGUUCAUCUUUGCCUUCAUCAUGCCCGUCCUCAUCAUCACCGUCUGCUACGGCCUCAUGAUCCUCCGGCUGAAGAGUGUGCGCAUGCUGUCGGGCUCCCAGGAGAAGGACAGAAACCUGCGUCGGAUCACCCGCAUGGUCCUGGUGGUGGUUGCCGUCUUCAUCGUAUGCUGGACACCCAUCCACAUCUUUGUCAUCAUCACAGCUCUGAUCAAAAUCCCCAACUCCACGCUGCAGACUAUCACCUGGCACUUCUGCAUUGCCCUGGGCUACACCAACAGUAGUCUGAACCCGGUUCUUUAUGGCUACCUCGAUGAGAACUUCAAGCGUUGUUUCCGUGAGUUUUGCACCCCGAGUCCCUCAGUGUUGGAGAUGCAGAACUCGUCCCGAUCCGGAGUCACAAGCCGCAAGCUCCCACAGCGCGAACACAACAUUGCAAACACAGGAGAAAGGUCCAAUCAACAGGCUCCGUGGCUCCCUCACCACAUGAAGACAUCACUGGACAGCAGCACCAUGCUGGCUUUGGUCACUUCAGGAAGACUCCCCUCUCAACCCACCUGACCCUUUGUUGUAAUUCCCUGCCCCCUCUGUCUUCAUUAUUUCCUUUUAUUUUUCUGUUUUUGUUGUCUCUGUAAAGAUGUUUUCUACCCAUAGCUGGAUUCAUCAUUAAAUAGACAUACAGUAGAGCACUGUAUGUUCUCUCUACUGAAUUUGACACACUUCUGAAUGUACAUAAGGGAAACCCACUGUGUUACUCACACUGGAUCCUUGUACUAAACUUGGAUCAUCUAAACCAGUAUACACAACGCCCAUUUGCACAGCACACAUAUCGUGUUAUUGCAACAUACAGUGUGAACACAUGGUACUACCCGUGAAUGAUUAACUACAGCUUAACAGCCAUUACACCAGGUAUGGGUUCUGAAGAAGUUAACAAGUGAGUCAAGCAGGAUUGUACAUAUAUUGUAAUCUUUAAAAUUGCAUGUGCUUACAUGUUGUGCUGUAUGCUAAACUUGCCAGUUGCCUUUACAGUAGCUCUACUCAAAAUGAUGUGUUUUAUUUUUAACGAUCUGUAAAGAUGAACAUGAUUGUAUUUAUCUCUCGUGUAAAAUACUAUAACUUCUCUGUUGCUGAAAAUUAUUUCUGAUGAUCAUAGUGGACGAGCAAGUUAUUGUGCUUCUAAAUAUAACUUUUGUCAUAUUGAAUCUUAGUUGUUAACUGAAGUGAUGUAUAUUAAUCAGAAAACAACGUGCGUAAAAACCUUGUGAAUUUGAAAAUGGAAAAUGUAUGCAGAAUUUAACUUUAUAGACUGUUUCAUGUUUUUUGAUUGUUUGUUCUGACUGAAAACGUAUGUAUGAGGAUGUCACGUUGUACAUACAGGCAGUGUGUAUUUUGCAUCUCUGCUUUCAAUCAAUUUUGAAAGAUUGUACGAUAGACUAUUAUUUUUAGUCUUUCACACCCCCAGCUAACACAACAGGAAAAAACGUGUAAAAACAUGUGGCCAAAUUGUCUAAGAUUGAAAUAUUACAAAAACUGCAGCUGAGUUUUGCAGAAAUGGGGCAUCGAGUGUCACAUGCUGUAUUAAAUGCAGUGUUUAUUGUGCAACAAAAUGUACGUUUCUUUUUGCAAAACACAUCAUGUACACAAAACUAAUUUUGAUGUGUCAAGUGUCACCUUUUUUAUGAUAAGUAAUAGUGUUACAUUUGCCAAACAUUUUGGUUAGUCCUCAACUAAAAGCUAUUUCUCUUUUAACGUUAAAAGUGAAAUCAUACUGUUUGAAACUACAAAAAGUUGCUAAGCAGCUACGCUGGGCUUUUUUAGUACAAAUUACAUUCUUCCUUAGAAUACAAAUAACACUAGGAGCUAAUUAGUCCUAGAACAAUGCUUUUAUUUUAUUCCAUGGAUCAUCAACUGGU